AUGGCAAAAGAACAUGGUAUACGAGCUUACAAAGCAAUUCAGGACUAUAGCUCCUCAGACCCGAAAAAUCUGGAAUUCCAGAAGGGUGAUUAUGUUAGCCACGUUAAGGUACUUAACAAGGAAUGGGCAUUAGGACGAAAUACGCGAACGAAGAAAACAGGUUGCUUCCCAAUAUCAUUCAUUGAAUAUGACCAAUCUCUUUGGAAUCGAUUUUCUUUUAAUCAAAAUCCAAAACUUCCAAAGACUUCUCAUCGAACAACUAUUAUAGAAGCAGCUGACAGCGAUGAAAGCGACGACAACAAUGAAGAUAAAAACAUAAGCAAUGACACACAGAAAACGCUGCCAGCCGAAGAGAACCAACAUCCGAGUCAUUAUACAAUAAAUGAAGAGAUAUUGCAGAAAAAUACCCGCGCUCUGAUAGACGAGCUCAAAUUAAGGCUUCAGUCAAAAAAUCCUACUCGAUCAAUGAGUUAUCGCACUCAAUCUCUCAUACGGAGGAUAAUUGUGGCGGUGUGUGGUAUUUUGUUAGGAGCUAUUCUCUGUGGCGCUCUUUUCUCAAUCUGUUUGUUCAGCUUUGGGUACACGUAUAAAGUUUCAGGGAUUGUCACAGGUACAGUGUUUCUUUUAGUUCUAAUCGGAGUUGGUGGAAGUCGAUUUCUAAGUUGCUGUCUGCUUCUUGUCGUUCCCUCUUUAUUCACAUCGCAAGGUAGAAGCUUAGCUCUAGCGGCCAUAUUUAUUUUACUGAUGGCGGGCCCAGGUACAAAUGUCGUCAAGAAUACAGUGGAAAUAACGAGAUGCUUGGCAUGUGUGGCUGACCUGAUCCAGAAUCAGUUAUUGCAACUUGCAAAACAACUCAAAGCUCCUUUCGAUCGCAUCGCUGCAGCGCUGAGAGAGGUAUUCCAAAGCAUUGUUAAUGGUCUCCAGGAAGUCGUAGAUACCAUAGAUUCUGUGGUCACGCAAAUACAAUCCUUCUUGAAUACAGUGAAAGACAUUGCCUCAAAGAUUACUGGUGUUUUCAGUGCAUGUACAAAAACAAUGGACGACGCUAAAAAGAAUUGUAAGGAAGGAAUAGGAAAAGCAGAAACAGAAUGUGACAAAGCUCUGAGAGCAGCGGAAGAAUGGUUGAAAAAAGCCGCGGAGACGGUGAUCAGCCCCAUCAAAAAAAAACGCUCGAUCUGCAGUGUUCUUGGAAUGGUUGACGUUGUUUGCAAUGUCGUCGAUAUUCCAGGAUCCAUAUGCAAGGCCAUCAGUUUUGCUUCAAAUGAGUUGGAAAACGCAGCGCAGUCGGCAAUAAAAGAAUUUCAAAAUUUGAAAAACGAAUUCGUUUUUGGUUUCAACGCUUCAUUUGAUAUAGACAAUAAUGUAAAUUCUUCAAAAACCGCAUCACAAAUUGUCGGUCAGGUUCUUGCAGAUAUUUCUGGCAAACUGUCUAAUAUAUUUUUAAUAUCAAGUGUCAUCAGUCAAGCCUUGGGGAUCACUGUCUUCUUCCUUUUUCUAAAAGCUGUUAUUUACAUGACGCGAUACAUGAAGCAGGAUUUCUAUGAUAACGUUUAUAUAUCCCCCGAGUUCAUUGAGUAUGACAAACGAUGUCAGAAAGAGGGCCGAGAAUCAGUUCUUCCAUUAAAGUUUAAGGAACAUUCAAAGUACAUCAUCACUUCUUUACCAUUUCCCACUGCCCAAGAAUUAUCCCUCGCUAUGACAGGUUUAACAGCAUUUUUUACUCAUUUCGGAAUAGCCGUUGUAGUCAUAGGGUUUAAUUAUGCUCUUUACUAUCUACUCGUACUGAUUGAAAAAUAUGGUGAAGUGAUGGUCCUCUCUUCCAGUGUUGCUGGCCUGAACAUCACAGUAGAGGGUAGUGGGUUUCUUGCGAAUUUUCUUCGCAAUCUUAUAUCGAAUUUAGACCUCAAUGUCAACAUCACUUUAGAAUUCAAUGUAACCGAAUGCUUACCGAGUCCAAGUCAACCAAACGAAAGCGAUAUCCCGAUAUUCUCACUGCUGUAUGGUGGUGUCCUCUUCCUCGUUUUAAUUCAGAUGUACUCACUUCGAAUCCGCCGUGUUAUUACGUCUCAUUUCUAUCCAGACCGAGAACGAGAAAGGUGUCGUCUGCUUCAUGAGUUGAUACGUCAUCGGCGAAAAACGCUCUUCACGUAUGUAAGGCAGCGUUUACAUAUGCGUCGACAUGACGUAGAUAAUCGUGUGUCGAUUCGGGGGCUCCUUGAAUACAGUCAAUUUGGGAUAUUUUGUAAGCCAUUGCUUGAUUUUUGUUUGCCAAAGAAAGCAACAUGCAUAAGUUGUGAAGAAGAUGCAAGCGGGAAUGUGUCCUUCAGAAAAUGUAAGCAAUGCAAGUCUUUGUAUUGCAAAAAUUGUUUCGAGAUGUUUCAAAAUAAUUGCCUGCUUUGUCAUGCUAGACAAGAUAUUCGAAGGGGUAAUAAUAGGGUCUGA